AUGGCAUGGAAUAUACUGUGGAUCCUUUCUAUCUUUUCUGCGAGGGAAGAAGCAGACGGUAGCAUUUCUGUAAUCACUGUGACUGCUGGGACUACGACCACAACUACAACGACUACUCCAGUUAUACCCCAUAACGAGCUGUCCAAAUUGAGAGAAAUUUUCCUCGAUACUCACAAUGGCUAUAGAGCCAGUAUUGCUAGGGGUCAGACUGAAAAAAAUGGGCACAGUGGAGAAAUUGUUCCGCCAGCGUCAUUGAUGUAUGCAAUGAGAUACAAUCCAGUUGCUGAAACAUAUGCACAACGCCAUGUAAAUAGUUGCAAUAGAGUGAUAUCAAAUCCUUUAACAAGACCUGGAUUUGAAGAAAAUAUCAACAUUCUCGAUAGAACCAAUACGGAUGAAGAAGGAGCAGCGCAGUGGAUGGCUUGGUGGAACAAUACAGAACUUGGUUGUGCUGUGAAAAAUUGUGGCACGUUCUAUUUCACCUCUUGCAUGUAUGGACCUGGUGGUAAUGAAGUUGGAAGACGCAUUUACAACAUUGGAGCCGUAUGCUCAGGAUGUCCACACGGUUGCGCUUAUGGUCUCUGUCCAACGCCAUGA